AGCUAAUCUUCUUCCUCCACCUCACAACCCUUUAACUAAACCGUUCAAAGUGCUGAACGGUCAUUUCCAAUGGGUGCCGUUUGGUGUCUGGGCGAGCGCCAAAAAGGUUAAUGAAUGCAACACUGUAAGCCGUAGCCUUCUCCCACACCAGGGCCGCAACAGGAGCUUGUGGAAGCUGGCGGGCAGCAUGCUGAUGUGGACCUUGACAUCGGAGGAGAGUGCAUCUGCUGCCCCCUAUAGGGAUCAUGCCCCCAUCAUGAGCCGGCGCCGACAUCACCAUGGAGACCUGCCGUUACCUCAGGCGUAUGGAAAUCCGGUGGAUUUGAUUGAGAUGUGGUGCAGUAGAGCCGACACACAGACCAACAUGGUGAAGCUGGGCAGUCAUUUGUCUGACAAGCUGGAGAAGCAGCCGUCACUGGAUGACGGCUUUGAUAACAUCCCCCUCAUCACACCCUUGGAGGUCACCCAGCUCCAGCAACCGUUCCCAGACAAGGUGAUCGUGAAGACCACGACGGAGUACCAGCAGCAGAAGAAGAAGAAGAUGUCCUACGUGCCAGGCAUCAACAAACUCAACAUCCACCUCUACGACGACAUGUCCGAGAAGAUGAAGUUGACAGGUCUGAUCCUCCUCACUCUUGGCUUCCUGGCCUGUUUCUUCCUGGUGAUUAUGUACAACGUGCUGUGGUUCAACCAGCUCACCUGUCCGGAGGGCUUUGUUCUCAAGCACAAGCACUGCACCCCGGCAGCUCUGGAGAUGUACUACAUAGAGCAGCAGGAGCCCGUGAUGCACAGCAGCGCCCCCCCCAUCGGGGGCCUCUACGCUGCCCUGGGACACUUCACUCAGGUCAAGAGGACUAGCCCCGACCUGCCGUUGCCAUGGCUACCCGUCAUCAGCGCUCUGAAGGAGGCCGAGAGGGCCAAGGAGGCGGUGGGUCCCUUGAAGGAGUGAGGGAGGGAGGGAGGGAGGGAGGGA